AUGGCACUUUCCAACGGCUGCGCGCACCACUUCGUCCUGAUCAAGUCAGAGAGUAGCUUGAUCCAAUGGACAUGUCAGCUAUGCCAGUCAGGGCCCCAUUACUUCAUCUAUGAGUGCCGGUACUGCAAGAUGAGAACGUGCCGUCCCUGCAUCCCAGGGUGUGCUUUGGGGAUUAUUCUGGGGCUGUGGCUGGUUGGUCUGUUGCAAGUAUCGGUAUGGCAUUACGGCCGCUCCUAG